AUGCCGCUGUUUAAAGCAUGGGAUGUGUCCAGGACCAAAAGAAAAUGUGUUGUUGCAAAUUCACUGGACGAACUGACCAGAAAAGGUAAGGGGUUUGAGUGUGUUGUAUUACAGAGCCCAGCACAGUUGGUCGAGCGACGGUUAGAGCUUAUUCGGGGUUAAAUUUUAACCCGGGUUUCUUUUUCUUUUGAACAAAAGCACUCUCUCGGAAAAUUUUCUCGAUUCUUUUUAGAGUAUCCGAUCAUCAAAUAUAAUUGUAGGCAAAGAGAAUUAAACUGAAUUUACUUUUUAAGCUCUCAUAUGUGAGUUUAUCGUAUCAAGUGACGUCAUUUUGGCGCGAACUAUUUGCGUCCCUUUAAAAAACGAGUGAUGUUAAACGGAAAAACCGUCAGGGAUGGGUGACACUUGUACUUCAAUAGCUGAUGAGGUGAUAUUCGGUGAAGAAAUAUCAAAACUGUGAAAAGUUUUUUUUUCAAAGUAUGUCAAAACAAACAUAUAACGGAUAAGCUGCCACGGGCUCCCAACGACUGUCUUAUCCUAAAUGCAUUGAAAACACCAAAGUACUUUUAGAUCUCUAGACUGAAGCAUUCUAAGCGACGCUGUAAAAUUUGUAUCUGUUCGGUCAUCCUAGGGGAACUUGCGUCUAUUCGAAAUUACAAGGGCUUAAGUAUUAUUUUCCAGAAAAUUUUAGAUGAAAUUUGACGUAUUACGAAAGUGAGACAUUUUCUAAUUCCCCUCUCCGCCACAUUUUUAAAUCCGAAAAUUGUAGGUUUCCCUUCCUUCUACAAAAAUAGCCUGACCUGGGAGGUAAAAUGCGAAAAUUAAACUUCAGAAAGUCGUAGGGAAUUUAGUAGGUAAGCUGCGAAAAAUUUUUAGCCGUUCUCAAGUAAUAGAAAUUCUAGGCAGAACAGAUGUUUUACAGAAAACAGUCGUUGGGUGCCCCUGGACGGUUUCCUCGUAAAUACAUUGAAAACACUUUUUAGGCUAUGCAGAGUACUUUUAGAUAUCUAGAUAUGAAUUCUCCUGAAGCGGCGCUAUAAAAGUUUGCAAAGUUUGCAUACGCCAUGAAAGAAAACAUAAAAUUAAAAAUAUAAAAACUUUGUAGAGCGCGCGCUCAAAACAAAACAAGUCGGUAAUGUUUUCCCGCUCCAUGGCUGCCAGGAAAAUCCGGCCUUGGUAAAGUACUGAAAUGGAGAAAGAAAAAACGCCCACUAAACUUUGUAUUGGAAUACAGGUGAAAGAACUAAAUCGAAAUACAGCCGAAAAAAAAAAAGAGCUACACAGCUCAAUAGAAUUUGGAUCAAAACUCAAGUCACGUUUCAUGUGGAGUGAUCGGGUUUGAUUGACAGCGCAUCAGUAAAACCGUUCGCGAUUGGAUAAAACCCAAAAAGGAGGACAAUAGGCAUUUUGCAUGAGUUGAUCACGUGAUUAACAUUCGGUAAACACGAAAACAAUUCGCCUUUGAGCAAGAGCAUAUUAAAAUUAGGGUUAUUUUGGCAAUGAUUUACAUGGGCAAACUGGCCCCGGUUGUUCAAACGUUGGAUAGCACUAUCCACCGGAGAAAUCACUAUCCAGAGGAUGGCGUAAUUGGUUUCCAAAAUACUUAUCCGCUGGAUAGUGAUUUAUCCGGUGGAUAGCGCUAUCCAACGUUUGAACAACCGGGGCCUGGUCGGUCCAAGGUCUGGGCAAAUGAAGCGCAAAAUUUAGGACCGGUAAAUGUCGUCCCGGAAUCGCGUUUACCAUUUGUACAAAUGAGUUCCAUUUACCAAAAAGCGACCGCGAAGGCCUGAACGGCUUUGAAGAAAUGCAACACGGAUUUCCGUUUGGAAUAUUCCUUCCGGAAAAGCAGGACUACCCUUUUAGAUGUUACGUUGCUCCCGGAAAUUUUCCGAUGGAACGACCCAAAAAGUCCACCCACUGCACGUUUGCAUGGUUUUCCACACAAAUCCUUGUAAAUUUCAAAAUUUUCAAAACUGUCAAUCAAAUCAAAUCUCCUUUUAAUUCAUUACAGGCAAUUUGAGCCCUAAGCCGGCGUAAGCUAAAAGGGAAAGAUUUAACGAAAAUUAAAAAAUGUUAGAAUUUACAAGGAUUUGUAUGAAAAACCAUUCAAACGUGACUGGGUGGUGGGAGUUGUUUUUCUCAUACAAAUCCUUCUAAUUUUCGGCGGCCGUUGCAAUCACUACUUUUAAGAUUAUGGCUGAAAAUUUAUUUCAGCUUAACCGAUCUGUUUUCGUGUUUACCGAAAGUUGAUCACUUGAUCAGCUCAUGCAAAGGGCCUAUUCCUCCAGUAAAUUUGGGGCGCUGCAGGGGAUAAAAGUCCUUCGAGCGGGGGCCAAGUACCGGAACCGGAAAUGGUAAAGUAAAGUGGUAAUGUGCCUCGAGACACUAAGAAGUUUUCUUUGCAUCACGCCUAAGUUGUUCAAACGUUGGAUAGCGCUAUCCACCGGAUAGAUCACUAUCCAGCGGAUGUAUUAGAAUUAGAGAAGCUAUUGCGCUUAGUAUCCAGUGGGGGAUGCUGUCCCAAAAAUUUUGAAUUUAGAGCUUGUGAAAUCACCGGAAACGCACCGGUUUAUUUCUACCAACCCGGAUGAAAUUUUGUCAAAUUUCGUGGCGGAUUUACGGGAUUGUCCAGUGGACCAUGGUCAGCCCUUUUUCUGUGAAAUUUUGUAUCAUUUUUAAAGAAUUCUCAGUUAAAUAAUUAGUAUUUAAAUAACUGCCAGUGUCCCAGCCGCCCCUUUCUGAAUUUUGUUUUCCUGCCUACCCAUUUCUGAAUUUUCUGGAUCUGCCCCCGAAUUUUAUCACUAUUCCAGUUUGUUUUCUGCUCAAAAAUGUACCUUAAACAAGGGGAAUUGUGCUUGCUUUUACCAGUCGGCGUGCUUCUCCCAUGAUUUUGUCCUGAACAAAUUUUUAAUAACUAUAAAGGAGUUCAGCAUGACAAUUGCAUGACGGAUAAAUUGCGGCAGCGAUAAAGUGGGCCUAAACAUACCGUUCUAUUGUCUUUUCAAGAAAAAACAGGUGACGCUCGCGCGUGCGCAGAAUCGGGACACUGUCCCUUUAAGGAAUACAUUGUUUGAUGGGACAGUAUUCGAACUGUGCUUUCUGCUUUACAUAGUAAUAUGAUAAAGGCAUAGCUUUUCUUGAAACAAAGUGAUAUAUGCGAAAGGAGUGUUUCAUGAAUCUGGUGUAAGACUAAUUAAACUUGACAAAAUCCCAGUCAUUGUUUUAUUUUAAUUCAUAAUUCCUUCCCGGACCCAGGUAAAGAAAAAUUAGGCAUUCAGGAGGAAAACUGUAAAGUCUUCGACGAAUCUGAUGGCACAGAAAUAGACGACGACGAAUGCCUGUUGGCCCAUGACAAAGGCACGGUUUUUAUACUCGGCAAUGCAUGGAAGCCGGACACAGUUGCACCGCACAUCCAUCCAGAAACGGAGCCGGAGGUGGAAAAAUACACCUAUGUGGAGUCAGAGAUAGAUUUAGCGAUAACAAAAGAAGCCGCCGCAUGCGUAAGUGGUCUCGGAGAAACAGAGCAGAUGGACGAGAUGUCAGAUGGAGACGUUUUUGAUAUACAAGAAGAAGUCGAAGGUAGUCCGUGGAAUCCAGCAAUAGAAGCUGAGCAAGACAACCAGACUGGAACAGACCACAAGGACGAAGACAAAACGGACUCUAUAGAUAUACCAGAAGAAGCCGCAGGUAAGAAAAACUGUACCUCAAGUUUUAAAUAUUACGUCUAGUCAAGCUAAAACACAAAGGAAGAUUCAUCACGUUUACAGUGCGACAACUGUAAGUGGGGCCACCAAGAUAAAGUUGACCAAUCGGAUUGCACGAAAAUAACUAUACAUUCCGAGAAAGUUGGUUCUCAAUCAUCGUUACCACGGAACUAAAUCAGUAAACAGCAUUACAGUGCUGUAUAGCCUGCGAGAGCAGACGCCUUUUUCAGUCAUUCAUCCGCAGAGUAAAGUCAGCGUCUGCGAUUCCGAGCUCAGCGGGGCAAAAAUUUCCGUGACGUCCUUUUGUUCCAAUACAAUUGAGUGAUAGAAAGAUGCGAUUUAUAACGUGCGCGAAUUCGGGUUUCUUAAAACAUUUGAUUAAUACAGUAAGCGCCUGGUUCGUAAUUACCGGGUCCCUUGACGGUCGGCUUAUGAAGCUUUUUUUUUUGAUGAGUCAAGCAACCAAAUCGAAGUAUCUGAUAUUUUAUUAAUAUCAUUCAUUUGCAAAUGAGAAUUUAGUGAAUUGUUAAGGAGUCGUUAAAGUAAUUAUAUUUUUCUGUUUACUUAGGUAAGGUUCCUGAACUAGCCGAGCCCGGCAGAAAAGCAACAUCAUUCCUGGAUAUGUUGAAGAAAAACAAGUACAGAAAUGCUAAAAUGAAAAAUAUUAAAAUUUACUCCGAUAAAGAAAUAGAAAGUCCGCAGGCCCACUUGGAGAGGAAAAGAAGGCGUUUUUGGAACGAGAAGGCGGAACAACUGGCCAAGUGUCCAAAAACGUCUCACUGCAAUAAAACAACCAUAGCUGGAAUAAUCGACGUCUCCUGGACGAUGAAGAAAACUUCGUUAAUUGAAACAGAGGCCCGAAAGCUGUUAGACGACGAGAGGGAGCUGCGUUUCAAUGAAGACCCGACCAGUGCGAGCAAACUUGGGCAGCAGAAGAAGGAAACGCUGGGCAAAAACCUGGAACGCAUGACUGCUGCCCACUUGGCACUAGAAGGCCAUGAUGCCAAAGUAGAAGAAUUAAAGAGAGGAAAUAAAAGCUCUGCUCUGAAACGCGAGAAGGCCUUGAUGGAGGGAGCUUAUACUGAGCUCAAGAAAGCUCAGGAGGCGGCUGUCAAAUCCAUCAAGGUCAAGCGACAGCAAGUGGAGAUGCGCCUAUCUUCGAAA